UCUUUUAUCUAUGGUAGUACAAUAGUUCUGGCCCCAUCAUCGAUAUAUCCCUCUCUCCUGCUUAAUUUCUCUGAGUGCUUGGUUUUUUCAGUGUACAGGGAAAAAAAUUAAGCAGAAAAUGGUGAAGAUUUGUUGCAUUGGAGCUGGAUAUGUUGGUGGUCCUACAAUGGCAGUUAUUGCACUGAAGUGCCCCUCCAUUGAAGUGGCGGUUGUUGACAUCUCUGUUUCUCGAAUCUCGGCCUGGAAUAGUGACCAGCUCCCUAUCUAUGAGCCAGGUCUUGAUGAGGUGGUCAAGGAGUGCAGGGGAAAGAACCUCUUCUUUAGCACUGACAUUGAAAAGCAUGUCUCUGAAGCAGACAUAAUCUUUGUUUCUGUGAACACACCGACAAAAACCCGAGGCCUUGGGGCUGGCAAAGCUGCAGACCUUACAUAUUGGGAGAGUGCAGCCAGGAUGAUUGCUGAUGUAUCAAAAUCCAACAAAAUUGUUGUUGAGAAGUCAACCGUCCCAGUGAAAACAGCUGAGGCAAUUGAAAAAAUCCUUACGCACAAUAGCAAGGGCAUCAAGUACCAAAUUCUAUCAAAUCCAGAAUUCCUUGCGGAGGGUACUGCAAUUCAGGACCUAUUUAAACCAGACAGGGUUCUCAUUGGAGGCAGGGAAACCCCUGAAGGCCAAAAGGCAAUUCAAGCGCUGAAAGAUGUUUAUGCUCAUUGGGUGCCUGAGGACAGAAUCAUUACAACCAAUCUCUGGUCAGCUGAGCUCUCAAAGCUUGCAGCCAAUGCUUUCUUGGCUCAGAGGAUUUCUUCGGUUAAUGCAAUGUCAGCUCUCUGUGAGGCUACAGGGGCAGAUGUUUCACAAGUUUCCCAUGCUGUUGGAAAGGACUCGAGAAUUGGACCUAAGUUCCUCAAUGCCAGUGUUGGUUUUGGUGGAUCCUGCUUUCAAAAGGAUAUACUCAACUUGGUCUAUAUAUGUGAAUGCAAUGGGCUACCUGAAGUUGCCAACUACUGGAAGCAAGUUAUUAAGGUGAAUGACUACCAGAAGAACCGCUUCGUGAACCGGAUUGUAUCUUCAAUGUUCAACACAGUUUCAGGCAAGAAAAUUGCUAUCCUCGGAUUUGCCUUCAAGAAGGAUACAGGUGACACCCGGGAGACUCCGGCAAUUGACGUGUGCAAAGGCCUGCUAGGUGAUAACGCACGCUUGAGCAUAUAUGAUCCGCAGGUUACUGAGGACCAGAUCCAAAGGGACCUUUCCAUGAACAAGUUCGAUUGGGAUCAUCCCAUUCAUCUCCAGCCAAUGAGCCCCACUGCAGUGAAGCAGGUCAGCGUAGCAUGGGAUGCUUAUGAAGCAACCAAGGAUGCUCACUGUUUGUGCAUUCUUACCGAGUGGGACGAAUUCAAGACCCUUGAUUACCAAAGAAUUUUUGACAACAUGCGAAAGCCUGCAUUUGUGUUCGAUGGGCGUAACGUGGUGAACGUCGACAACUUGAGGGAGAAGGGUUUCAUCGUGUACUCCAUCGGAAAGCCGCUCGACCCUUGGCUCAAGGACAUGCCUGCUGUGGCAUAAGAAGAUCUCCGGGCCUAGAGCUUAGAGCUAAACUUUGGGAGGACGCAUUUUAGUUCUUACAAAAUUUUAAGACCGAGUUUCUUACUUCUAGCUGUUUACAUUAUAGCAAAUUUUGUUGUCAGUGGAACUCGAUAUAAUGUCUACUGUCUUAAACUGGCCGCUAUAAGAAUAAAUCGAUAAUGUUUCAUUUACUUCA